UUUCAUUUCCCGGAAGGAUUCUUAAUAUUGCAGCGAUUCGCAUAAGAAAGCAAACUCUGCUGUGCGAGACUGCGACUUUACGCGACACCGCAUGCUGUAUUUGGUGUAUAUAUCGAUCAGCUAUUGAUACAGUAAUCAGGUAUUAUUAUUGUAGCGAAUAUUUAUGAGUUUGUGAAGUCUUGAAGGUUACAGAACAUGAGUGACGCCUCCUCACCGCCACCUUUGAUAAAGCAGAGUUGUAAUGGGAACGAACCCCCGGUUUGCUCUCCGGUUCUGCGCGACCCUCAAAAUGAACCUCCCUCCUGGUACAAGACGGUGUCUGGUGAACUGUGCAAGCUACCUGGAAGACUACGGAUCAAUCCAUCUUUGUGGAAUAAGGAGGACGUGAAUCUCUGGCUGCGCUGGGCUCAGAGGGAAUAUUCUCUGCGACGUGCGGACCACCAAAAAUUUGAGAUGAACGGAAAGGCACUUUGUCUUCUAACCAAAGACGACUUCCGUCUUCGCUGUCCCAGCUCUGGUGAUGUUCUGUAUGAACUCCUUCAACAUGUGAAGCAGCAGAGGAGAUGUGCGAUCUUCAGUCCGCUGUCCAGCUCCAACACACAGUCACAACAGACGCCCGACUCGCAUGGGACGACAGGUGCUUAUGUUCCCUCUAACAUAAAUGUUCCUGUUUGUCCAGUAAAUACAAACUCCUGGGUGUUAACAGCUGGAUGUAGCACAGAUCAGAGCCAGGAGAAGAAACCUCUGUCUGCUGACCCUGAGCAUUCACAUGGCAUGCACAGAGUGAUUUCACAUCAUUCUCCCAAGGAAAAAAAUCUACAGACAUCUCCAGACAAAACCAGACAACCAGUAAAUGUUUACUGUACAGAUGAGCCUCUCAACCUGUCCAAUAAACCCACAAGACCUGCAAACACCACACAAACCUCUGAGGCCAAUGGAAAGAUUGCAGACUGCAGACUCUUAUGGGACUAUGUGUACCAGCUGCUGUCAGACAGCAGGUAUGAGGCCUUCAUACGCUGGGAGGAUCCGGACGCCAUGAUCUUCAGAGUGGUGGAUCCCAACGGACUGGCCCGACUCUGGGGCAACCACAAAAACAGGGCCAAUAUGACCUAUGAGAAAAUGUCAAGAGCAUUACGUCAUUACUACAAGCUCAACAUUAUCAAGAAAGAGACAGGCCAGAGGCUGCUCUUCCGGUUUCUGAAGACCCCUGAGGAAAUCAUCCAAGGCAGGUCAGACCGCACAGAACCGUCAGAGUCUCCUGACAGUCCUGCAUCUCCUGACUACAGAGAAGACGCUCUGGAAGUAUCUCCUGUAUCGACUCCUACUACACUGAGCCCCAGCUCUGAUCACAACUUCAGCAUAUCACCAAUCCCAUAACAUUCACUCCCUCAUUCUGAUCCAGGAUCAGCCUUAGUUAUUAAUUUUCCUGACUUUUUAGAAUGGGACACCCCGAGCUGAUCUUCUGUCAGAGUGAACAUCCAAUGCAGCACCAGAGAUGGCUGAUAUCCCGAAGAGGUUCCACAGGACAUAUUUUAGGAGAUGCUCGGACCACAUGGUUUUGACUCAGGGUAGUAGUGUGCCGUGUUUGCUGUUAGUGUGUGUUAAAAGCUAAGCGACACUAAUUUCUCAACACAACAAUUCUGAUUGAUUCUCAUAGUUGAUUAUUAGAGUUGAUAUGAAAUUUUCUCUCAGGUUGUAAAAAUGUGCAAUGUUAUUUUUUUUUACAGAUUUGUG